UGUCUGUCAACUGGGGAAACUUGGCCAGCUUAAGACCUCAGCCAAGGCGAGAAAAGACCAGGAGUCUCCUAGCAGAGACUGGGGUGGGUUUCUGAAAGUGGUGCUGGCUGAGCCCCGGGUGGGGGGGGGGGGCGCCUGGGGAGCAAAAAGGUCUUGCAGAGAGGGCAUGGCCUGAGCGAAAAUCACAGGUUCCGGAAAUGCAGAGGCUGUAAUGCAGUGAGAGAGAGAGAUGGAGAAGUGUCCAUCCAGGAGCCGAAGCCACCCAAGACGGAGCAGAGGGCACGGAGGUUCCUCCCCAAGCCCUGGAGUUCUCCACCCUUCCACUCUGGGGUUUCCAAGCCUCUCCACAUAGCAGCAGCAGCAGCAGCAGCAGCAGCAGCAGCAGCAGCAGAUGGAGCCGCUAACACAGAAUUUGUGAAAAGAUGCUGGAUGUGUGCAGCGCUCUCCAGCUUUGGCAGCCCAAGCCCGGACUUCUGAACAGAGAGGUCCUCAAGAGAAGGGAGAGCCCACAAGAAUACAGCCUUCCUGGAGAAUGAAACACAAAACAAAAGACCCCGGUGUAGAGCAGAGUGUGGAGAGUCUGGGUCUAGGAUGCAGAACCCUGGGGCUCUGGGUGGGCUUCUGUGCUUCCGUGGGCCUCAGUGUUAUCAUGCGUAAAAGGGGUGUCCACCCUAGAGCUCCAGCAGAGGUACCUCUGCGCGGGAGGGUUUCCAGAAGGCCUGGGUGGGAGUAACCAGCCUCAGAGACAGGAUUCUGAGGCCCUGCCGCCUGAGGGCCCUUCCCCAGGGAAGGCCCCAUUGGCUGUUAACCUGUUGAAGGCCAAAGAGUCUGUCUCCCCAAAACAUGUUUUAAACCGAGAGGUUGGCUCCAUCCUAGGCCUGGAUUGGGAGGGAGGGUGGCAGGGCCCAGUUUGGGAUUUAAAAUCUAGAGAGGCACUAAUUACUUUUCAGCAUUUAAAGGGAGACAAAAGGAAAUUCACACAGCGAGACUGUGGGAAGGGUUGCCUUCAAGAUGCAAAAGUGUACUGUGAAGCCCUGAAUGGGGAGAUUGUUAGGGGCCCUGGCUCCUCUCCCCCUGUGGCUGGGCAGUGGGCUCUGAAGGGCUGGUGGGUCUGAGGAACCCCAGAGAAGCGGCCAGGGAUCAAAGGAGCGGACAAGUCCGUGCUGAGGCCGAAAGGGUGUGAAACGUGGGGACACAGAGGCCUCGCUUGGAGGGAACCGGCUGGCCCCUCUGGCCCGGAAGCGUCCCGAAGGAGGAGCUGGGCUCCAGCUCUGCAGGGAGAAUGGGUCACAGCCAUGGGGCUGGUUCCUAAGCACAGAUGGCCUGUGCGUAGGGCACCAGCAAAGCAGGAGCCCCACAAAGGGUUCUGAUAGGAUACGCAUUGUAUGAGAAUGGAGCAAGUAGUGCUCAUCAGGGAAGAAGCCAGAACUUGUGGGACCUCUUCAAGUGCUGUUUUCAUUCUGAAUUGCAUUAAGGGAGAAGGGACAGCUGGCCCACGUGCGCACACCUAGAGACAAGGUCCACCGAGGUGACAUUGCUGAGGGUGAUCGGAGGUUUGAACCCGUCUCCAGAAUUGAGGCAGCCCUCCCCGUCCAUUCUCCAAGAGCCAUGAAGGCUGCUGGACCGAGCAGGGAGUGGGUGGGAGCCGGAGUAAAGGGAGCUGGGGGACUGGGCAGACCCUGCCGUAAGUCACGCUGCUCACGCUGCCUUUCCCAGGCCUUUUCCGCCAUUUAAAAGUCCAUUAGUUAUUCGGGGUCUAAAAUCCAACGAUGGGAUGUGCGAACCCUGUCCGGCAGCCCCACGGCCCAUACAGAGCCCUGCUCCCCACAGCCCCCAGCUGGGCCAGGCUUUAUUCAAGUGGCCCCUCUGGUGGGUGUGCAGUGCCAUUUCAAUGCUUCCAGGACUUUCUUCACUAGCCAGGAAAUGCCUACGGUAUUCAUCCCAUAACUGGGGUUUCUCUGUCAGAGAAUUGUUCACUUUUGGUGACCUGUGGUCAGGUUGUCUUCAGAACCUGCCCCUGCACCCCCAUUUCCUCCACCCCUGCCCUGUGCCCCCACCUGGGGCCUGUUGCUGAGAGCCAGUGCCACCCCAGGGGGAGCACUCAGACCUCGGGGUUCGUUUUUCUUCCUUUUCAUGUUCUGUAACCCCCAGCUUGUGUGUAUGUGCUCUCCCCAGGGCACCCCCAUCUCAGGGGCCGCCAGGACUCCUCAGGGCCUCCCCCCCGCAACACCCUGCCACCACCCCCGUCCCCUCCAGUGAGCUGUGGGUCUGUGAGCUGUGGUCCAGCGGUCUGCCUUCUGCCAGCUUUUCUACCUUCCUAUCCCAUUCUUCAUCCCUGUCAGAGGCCUCAGCGGCCUGCCCAUCUGCCUGGCUGCCCCAGGCUCUGCGUCCUGGGGCCCUUGGGGCUUAGAAGUGGGGUCUCUGGCCAGCCCUCCAGCCCAUGUGCGGCACAGACAGGGCCUGGCAGAGGCGCUCAGAACUUGAAUGAGGGUUUGUGGGUUCGAAGGAGGGAAGGAGCCCUGGAAAAGCUGGAAAAAGUCUUCUCCUGGCCCCGCCUCUGCAGAGCUGUCCCCACCCAGGCUCAGCCUUGGGUGAGGACUGAGGAGAGACAGCUCAGAGGAGCUGGACCCCUAGCGUUAGGGAGGCAAGGCCAGGGUGAGAGGAGGGUAGCUCCCCACCGGAAGCCUUCAGGGGAAUUCCUUUCCUUGGGGGCAGUCCUGGACCCCACCCCCACUGCCCCAGGGCCAGCUUACAGGCUUCGAGGCAGGGAGCUGGCCUGGCUGGGGCUUGGGGACCCUGCAGCCUCGCCUCUGCACAGCCCCCCCAACCAGGGAAGUGCUGGCUCUGCAGGGGGCCUGCCCUGCAGAGCUUGGUUUCCUGAGGCGGGAGAUGCCCUAACCGUCUCCCAGCCUCAGACCUGUAGUAGAGCUUGACCUCUCUUCCCCUGAAGCCUCUGUCCGAGGCCCGAGGAGCUGGGAUGGGGUCAAAAAACUAUUCUGGGAGGGGACCCCAGACAGCCAGGACAAAACCUGACCCACAAACCCCUUUCCUAGGUCUUAGCCUUGGAGGCCUGCUUCAGCCACCCCUGCAGCGCGAUCCAUUGGCUGAGGUGCAGGCGAGGGGAUCUUGGCUUUAUCUCCCUUUCUUAGAAGCAGUCUCAGUCUGUUGACCAACUUUCUUCCUGGGGAAGAACCGAAAGCCCUAACGGGUAGCAGAGCAGCCUGUAGCCCCCUGAUUAACAGAUGAAGCCCGGGCGCCACGCUUGCCAGGAAUCGAACAUUCCUGGCAGUUGCGGGUAAUCUGCCUGGAAAGAUGUGGCCUUUGAGAAAUGCUUUGGGACCAUCAAGGGAUUGAAUGGGAGGAUUCUUCGCCCUGUCUUGUAGUCCCAUCUGCCCUGCAGUACCCGCCCCCCCCCCCCCCACCUCAUUUUACAUGAAGAAGCUGAGGUCCAGAGAAGAUGCAGGACCCACUCAGGCUGUUUGGAUUAUACUCCAAGUCUGAUUCCCAGUCCAGUGCUCUUUCCCCACCUGAACCCUUGUCUGUCCAGUUGAGAAAGCCUCGAAGUGGGUCUCCCUGUUGCUAGAUCUUCACAGAGGCCAGGUUUUCCCCAAGCCCCCAUCAGAUCCUGCCCACCCCUGCUGAAACAGGGCAGCUUCCCAUCACACUUAGAAUAAAAUCCAAAUGUCUCCCCACAGCCGGUGUGUGGUCUGCGCCCUGCUGGUCUCACUCCUGUUCCUACCCCAGCUCCCUUUAGCUGCUGGCCUCUCUGUCCACGCCUCAGCCAGCCCAGCCACAGGCCAGGGCAGUGCCUUUGUGCUGCUGUUACCUCUCUUGGUAGACUUUCACAGGCUUUGUCCCUUUGUGCCAAUCAAAUUAAUGUCCUCAGGGAAGCCCUCCCUAAACACCCCAUCUGAAGUAGGGUUACCCGCCCCCCCACUUUGCAUCUUUCACAAAUACUUUUUCCAUGUUUUCCUUCAUAGCACUUAACAUUGAGAAUUUUUGAAUUGAUCGACCUAGUUUCCCUGCCCCACCCUAAGGUCAGCCGGUCUAGCGUGUCUUCAGAUCCUCUGUACCUGGCACACAAUAGAUGCUCAAUAAACAUUUGUUUGAACAAGUGAAAUAAAAAGGGCCCUCCUGGGGUACAGAGAUUUGGUCCGAUCAAAUCUCUUGGGGCAGAAAAUGUCCCAACUGUUAAACUAGGUGUCUGGAGCGCCUGGAGGUGGCGUUGAAGGCUAAGACGGCCUCUUCCCGCCCAACCCCAGCCCUCUUGACUGGCAGGGCUGCGAGAGGAGUUGGUUCACCGAGGGAGCAUCUGCAUGGGCCGCGAGGGCUGGCAGCGGUGUGUGCGGUGCAUUCUGGCUCCCCGCGCCCGGGGCCGGGGCGUGUGGGCGGGACGGGCAUGCCAGCCGGGGCCCGAGGGUCGGCUUGAGGUCUGGGGCGUGGGAAGGACCCCAACGUCAGGGUUAAAAAACACCCGUGGGAUGUGGCGACGACCGAGGCCACGGUCCACGGUGGGGAUCUCUGGGGGGCAGAACGAAGAGGGUUCCCGGGACACGCUGGAAAGCUGCUCAGGGCUGGCUCCCGCGCUCCCGGCCCUACUCUACGGGGGAAGGAGCGGCGAUCGCCCGGCCCUUUGCAUGUUGAGCGGCCUCAGUCAGGGUCGCUCCAGAGCGGGAGGGGAGUGGCACCCCCCCCCCCCCAACAGCUCCUCCGUUUCACGAGGGUCCCGGGCACUUGGGGAGCGCCUCUGUUCCCGGCCUCUCUGCCCACGCGCUGCCGCGGGGCCCUGUGUUUGCUGGCGGCCGCCCUUCCUUCCCUCCCGGGUCCGCCCCGCCACCCCAGUUGCCCCCGUCGCCACCACCGCUGCCAGAGGUCAGACCCGCGCAUCUGCCGCGGCGAAGAUGCAGACCCCGCACUGCGCUCUGGGCGGCCGUUGGACGUUGGGCAUGCGCCCCGCUCCUGACGUCACCGUUGUGGUGGCCCGGCCCCGCCCUCGUCUCCAUGGAGACCAGCACGCUUCCCGGCGCCCUCCCGCCAACUGCCGUAGCGCGGCUGCUCCUGCCUGCGCCUGGCGCUGCUGUGGACGCAGUGAGCCAGGGUCUCCCAGACCCUUAUUAACAUGCAGACACGCAGACGAGUCUCUGAAGAGUCAGGCAAGCCAACGAUGCUGGACUACAGUGACUCCCGGCUCCUUUCCUAGUUCAGAGGCUUUUGGCUCAAGGUUCCACCCAGAAGUAUGGUUCUCAACUACACACUCAGAUCACCUGGUACACUUUAAAAAAAAUACCAGUGCCUUCUCUCAGACCAAUUGAAUCUGAAGUGCUGAAGGAGCAAACCUGGCAGAUGUGGCCCAUAGGCUCUCUUAAAGCAUCAUGGCCAAAGAAAUCAUCCCUCCUCACUCCUCCUCAACACGGCAAAAUGCUCUCCCUCUCUUCAUACAAGGGAGUUGCAAGCAGAAGGCUACAAGAACUCAGAACUCGAAAGCUGCCAACCUGGUCUGAGAGCUGAGUUUAUAUCCCUUUGUCUUGCAUGCCCUGUGACUUCCCAGUACUCACAGCCAGCCUCUGUUGCAGCUGGGAGGAGGGCUGAUACCAAAGAGGUGGCCUUUGUGGGGAGCCGUGGGGUUUCUGUGAGGCUAAGCCCUAUUUUUUAAAAAUUAUUUAUUUUUUUAACCGGUGUCCUUUUUUAAAUAAAAUACACAUAACAUAAAAUUUACCAUUUUAAUCAUUCUUAGUGUACAGUUUAGUUCAUCAAGUAUAUUCACAAUAUUGUGCAACUGUCAUCACUAUUUAUUUCCAGAGUGUUUCCAACGCCCUAAAUAGAAACUGUACCGACUGCACCAACCAACCAAAUAUUAACCCUCUACCCCCCCUGCUCCCCCAUUUUUUUCUUUCUUUCCUCCUUCCCCCCUCCCUCCCUCCCUUUCCUUCCUUCCUUCCUUUCUCUUGACAGCUUGAGCGUGCAAGUGGGGAUGGGGUUUGGGGCAGGGAGAAAGCUCCACGCCCAGUGUGGAGCCUAUGUGGGGCUCUCUCUCAUGACCCUGUGAUUGGGACUCCAGCUGAAAUCAAGGGUCAGAUGCUUAACCAACUGGGCCACCCAGGUGCCCCAGGAGCCCUUGCUUUUAGAUGAUCUUGACUAAUAGGAAUGUUUCUCAAAGAGACCAUUGUAAUUCUAGGUUGCUAGAUUUCAUCGUGUUUGGAAAUAUCCAUAGAUUCUGUCACACUUACCUAUUUAAAUUUAAAAGAUUCCAUUUCUUUUAGCUAAGCCUUUUUGGGUCCUUAGAGCCUGAGUGAUGUGUCAUGGAGUUGGGCAUUGUGUGGGGUUUUAUAGUGUACCUUGUUGUGCAGAAAUUUUCUUGAGGUUGGCAGGAGACCCAGUGUCCAUCUAUUCUGUUCCAUGGCCAAUAACAUAUCCUAACAUGGAAAGCUUUGGGUUAGGUGGUCUGAGCAUUCUAACUACUUUUAUUUUUAUUUUUUAAGAUUUAAUUUAUGUAUUUGACAGAGAUAUCACAAGUAGGCAGAGAGGCAGGCAGAGUGAGAGGGGGAAGCAGGCUCCCCGCUGAGCAGAGAGCCAGAUGUGGGGCUUGAUCCUAGGACCCCAAGACCAGGACCUGAGCCAAAGGCAAAGGCUUUAACUCACAGAGCCACCCAGGCACCCCUCUAACAGCUUUUAAAUGUUCAACCUGUGCCCACCAAUUUGUGGCUGCUUCUGAGGUUCCUCUUAGCCACAGACUUUAUCUACCAAAAAAAAAAAAGAGACAAACAUGCAAGUUAAUAUUUCAGCAGUAACCAAAGGAGGUCAUAGCUUCCUGGCCAAGAGAAGGCCCUUGUAUAUAUCACCUCCAGCUUCCACCAUGGGAACUUGCACUGGAGAAAGGAAUCAGCAGACCUCAACACAUGGGGACUUCAGACUGCAGGCUCCACCUGAAUGAAGAACUAUACACUGUCACUAACCGUUCCCAUGUGGAUCUUUGGAUAGAAUCCCGGGGUAGGGUUUUCUAUUCAUUAAACAAGAAUUGUGGUCUGAAAUAAACACGAGGGUGUUGGGCUCUGGGCAGAACUGUGUGACAGCCCAAGUUCACCUGCCCUGAACUCCCCCUGCCCCCAACUUCUAUUCUACUUCCAGCUUCUUUUAUUUACAUUAAGGUUUUUAAGUUUCAAGGUGCACCCAUGUCAUGAACUUUAUUCCUUUUUAUGGCUGAAUAGUAGUCCAUUAUAUAUUCCACAGAAUACUACUCAGCCAUAAAAAAGAGUAGAAGUAUCUCAUUUUCUUUAUCCAUUCAUCCACUGAGGGCACUUGGAUUGUUACCAGCCUUUGACUCUUGUAAAUAAUGCUGUUGGGAGUAUGAUGUAGGAGUGUCUCUCUCAGAGUCCCAGCUUUCAAUUAUUUCGGGUCUGCAUCUAGUAGUGGAAUUGCUGGGUCGUAUGGUAAUUCUCCGUUUAUCUUUCAACACAUUAAGUCUUUGAACAAUGGCUAAGUAUUUUCCACAGCAGCUGCACCAUUUUACAUUCCCUCCAGCAUGCACAAGUGUUUCAGCUUCUCCACAUCACUAUGGGCCCUUAUUUUUUAUUUUGUGUAAUAGCUAUACUUGUGGAUGUGUGGUGCUUUGGAUUUGCACUCCCCAAGUGACUAAUGACAUUGAACUUCUUUCUCAUGCGCUUAUUGGCCAUCUGCUUAUCUUUGGAGAAAUGUCAUUCAGUCAUUUUUGAAUUGCAUUGUUGUUUUAAGAUUUUAUUCACUUACUUGACAGAGAGAGAGAGAGAGAGAUCACAAGUAGGCCGAGAGGCAGGCAAAGAGAGGUUCGGGAAGCAGGCUCCCCACUGAGCAGAGAGCCUGAUGCAGGGCUUGAUCCCAGGACCCUGAGAUCAUGACCUGAGCCGAAGGCAGCGGUUUAACCCA